AUGUCAACAGGCCUAGGUCUAUUCCAUUGGCUCAUCUCCAGCACCUACAAUUUGUUAGGAAUCAAGAAAAUAUAUGAGUUGAAGGUGCAGCAUGCAAAAGCAGAUGAAAUUCUAAACUUAGUUUGUGAGAAUCUGAGACAAUUGAAUGAAGUAAAGAAGAAAAUGUUUGAAAAAGCACUGAUAUCUGUAUCUGAAAAAGAAGCUGAGAUUUUCAACCUCCUCUGUGGUUUUCGCUUUAAGAAUGGGGUGGCGUCAAUAGCUGAUGACGAGACCUCAAAUACCUUGCUGCAAGUGGCAGCCCUAUUGGCUCCUUCUUCCUACCCGGACUGCAUCUCUGGUGCUGCAUUGCAGAUGCAAAGAGAGAUGCACUGGUUCAAGGUCGUCGAGAGUGUGGUGGAUCAUGGAGAUAGGCUACUCCUAAACAAGGAAGGGUUGAGGUCUCUAGAGUAUUUCCAAAGAAACCACAAAGAGCUGAGGGCUGAUGGAGAAAAAUGGGUGAAAAAAACAGCAUCUUCUUACUCAGUUGUUGGGGCUCUAAUUGUUACCAUCAUGUUUGCGGUAGCUAUAAUGGUUCCCGGAGGGAACAAUCAGAAUUUAGGGGAUCCCCACGUCGUGCUAUACCGAUGA